AUGACUAAGUCCUUCGUUCCCCUGGAGUGUAACCCCGAGGUCUUUGGCGGCCUGCUCGACGCCUGGGGCGUGUCCAAGGGCUCGUUUCACGACGUUUUCUCCAUUGACGAGCCCGAGCUUCUGGCCUUCAUUCCCCGACCAGUGGCUGCUCUGAUCCUGGUCUUCCCCAUCUCGAAAGAGUAUGAGGCAUACCGAGAACAGGCUGACGCAGCAGCUCCUGACUACGAUCCCACCACGGCGCGAUCCGAGGGCGCCAAUUGGUGGCCCCAAACCAUUACUAAUGCCUGCGGAACCAUGGCACUUUUGCAUUCGGUGGCAAACGGCCUUCCGCCCAGUGCUGUGCCCGAAAACAGUCUGAUUGGCCAGAUUGUCGCCCAAUCGGACACCCUCAGCACAAACGAAGCCCGUGCCAAAUUGCUAGAGGAUUCCGAGCCGUUUGAGGCCGCACACGUUUCUGUGUGUGAUGAAGGAGAGACCGACGCUCCUGCUGCUGACGACCCUAUCGACUUCCACUAUGUGGCACUGGUCAAGUCGCAGAAGAACGGCCACCUGUACGAGCUGGACGGACGACGAAAGGGACCCAUUGACCUGGGCCAGUUGCAGGAGGGAGAAGAUGCCCUGUCGCAGCUGUCCCUGAAUAAGGUGAGAGAGUUCAUGGAGAGAGAGAAGGAGAGUGGAGGAUACUUUUCCAUCAUUGCUCUUUCUGAGGAUUAG